GACCAGAGCCAGAGAUCUGCCUCCCUCCCCUCCCCUCCCCGAGCGCGACGGCUAGGGUUCCUCGCCGCCGCCGUUCCUCUGCGGCGCGCCCAGCCGGCCGAGGCCCCCGCCGCCCCGCCGCCCGCACCGGGGCCCAGCAGCGCCUCCCUCCCUCCCUCCCGCCCUGGCGCGGCCGGUCCCGCCGCCCGGAGCGACCCCGGCGACCGGUCCAUAGGCAGCUCUUUGCGCCCUCUUGUGGAGGAUCUCAGGCCAACUAUUCUGGAUGCAUCUAUGACAUGGUGGACAAGGCAGCAGAAACGAGUCAGCUUGAGGUGGCAGCCGAGGGAGUUGUUUUGUGGGAUGAAGCCUUGGUAAAGACAAGCCCAGAGGAUCUGCAGAUGCGUUGCAAGGAGUUGCGCUGCUAUAAUGACAUCCCUGUCAUGUGUUUGAAAAAAGAUGUUAACUGUGACCUGGAAAAGGACGGUUUGUUGCCAAAAAUUGAAGCUGAGGUCUCUACUCCCGCCCACCAAGAUUCAGUUCCUUUGAAUUUUGGGCGUAACCUUGCUGUUUGUUUGGAUAGCAAGGCUGGUGAGAUUGGUGAAGUAUCUGAACACAGAACUGGCAUGGAGAGAGCGGCUUGUGGCUCACAGGGAGGAGGUAUGCUGUCAUUUGACCAUGGAUUUUGGAAGGGGGCUGUUGGAGACAAGAAUCAGUUCCCCAGGAUGGAAGGAUGCCAUGAAAAUGGGGGCUUGUCAGAUUUGGGAAACCAUGACACUGACAAGUUUCCACAAGGUGCUGAUGCCCUGAGUUUGAUCGAUGAUAAUCAUGAGCUGGGAAGGGAUUGUUUUCUGGCAAAUAUUGAUGAAGAGGUGUCCUUCCCCGUUGAUGAAGCUUUGGUCCCUUCCUUCUACCAGAAGAGCCAUAUGGAUGUUUUUGUAGAAGAUAGCAAGUCAUGCAUAGAGAAAUUAACUCAAGAUUCACUGGAAGGAGAUAUGCUUUCAUGUGAGCGCGAUGCCAGAUUUCGUACUGAGGCUUCUGGAGACGAGAAUCAACAUAGGAUGGUGGUGUCGAAGGGUCAGGUUUCAUCUAUUUGUGAAGAUGCAAAUAGUCCGAGUUUAAAUGCUUGUGGUCUUUUUCCUGAAAUAGAAGUUCUACGCCAACAGGCUGACAAAGAAUACAAGGUCUUUGAACUACCCCCAGAGAUAUACCUGGCUAGAUCUUCCUAUAACCCACCUUGCCUAGAUGGACUUUGUCGUAGUGGCAAGGAAUCAUCUGCUGUGUGCCUGGGCCAUCAAGAUUCUUCUGGUGUCAAAUCACGUCGUCCAGAUCAUUUGGUACAAGAGCUCAAUGCAUAUAACUCUUCCAUUGACAAACCUUGCUCUGCCAAUUUUGUUGAAAAUGCCAAUGAUGAAGAAUCACAAAAUAAAAUUUCGGAGUCAUUAAAUGCCUCCAAGCGUAGGAAUCCAAGAAGAGCCGCCUCAUCAAGAAAUCGCGCUCCUGCAGAACAUGAUCAUCAAAUAAACAAAGGAAGCAGUAGCACAUGCAAAUCUAAGAAGGUUGAGAGUUCGUGCUCAUUAGUUGAAAGCGCCUUGAUUAAGUUCCCAAGCAAAACUACCAAGGUAAGAAGUGGCAUCAACAGACCAGUGAAUUCGACUGCCUGGGGCAGUCUAGAAAAGCUAGCGGAUGGUUUUGGUCAGAACUGUGAACCUUCUACCUCUAAUUCUCAUCUGAUUUCCCUUGAAAACGGUGGGAGAUCAAACAAAAGAUCUGGGAAGAAAGAGCAGCCCAUUGUUCGAAAGGCUCGAAGUUCAAGAUGUCCAAAAAAUAAGUUCCCUGCCUUUUCUGUUACCAGAUAUGCACCGGAUGAAUUGAAUGGCGAACCUACCUUUUCAGUCAUGGAUGGUGCUUAUGGCUCCGCAGAAGGUUACAUAGGAAACUUCCCUAAGUUGGUUCCUCGUGCAUUUCUCAAUGUUUCUGAUGAUGCUCACAGAUCUGUGCAACAUAUGUCUAUCCAGACUGACAUGCAGCAGUUAGACAGGUGCUUGGAUAGUGUUGCUCAAGAAACAUGCCCUGCGUACAUGUGUGGAGAGUUUGCUAAAUCAAUUUCCGAACCUUCUCUUAAUAAUGGCGGUGUUGGAUUUUCACCUGACUCUGUUUUGGAGGUAGCCUCUGUUACAUGUGAAAACAACACCUCUGCAAGCCAUGAUGUUAAACUGCGUGGAAACCCAUCUUAUCCUGCUGUAUUGACUGAAAGUGAUCUUCAUGCAUCUGAUUUAUCUAUUCCUGACUUUGGAAAAAAUCAUGCGUCAUCAUCAACAGAUUUUGAGCAGCAGCCCAAAACUGUGAGGGGUGAUGAGAACACAAGAAGUGAAGAGAUUAAUCAGUCUCAUGCCAUAAUUGGUUAUGUUGGCGAGGGAAAAGUGCAAGGCUUAGAGAAGUCCAAUGCAGUGAGGAAAACUAAGAUGUUGGAAAAGCAGAAAGGCCGAAAGAAAGAUGGAAUGAAGGGAAAUAACAUAAGGGAUGGAAGUUCCACCAAAAUUUCAUCAAGUGAAGCUUCACAAUACAGGGUCUUCUCUGAUGAUCCAUCUUCACUUGUUUCAUCAGGACCUUUAAAGUUCAGUUCUUGUUUUGAGGUCAUAACUUCUGCCACACAUGGUAUCAGUAUGCAUGAACAUGGCUGGGUGCAGGGUACUUCUGUAAUUGGCAAGGAGAAAACGAGUGCACUUAACAAUGUAAAAUCACCGAGGUGCAAGAAAAGUGGUGGUCUUAGAGGGAAGAAGGAUAUGGUGCGGGAUCCGCAUGUGAAGCAAGAAAGCAAGAAGAAAAAUAUAGCAGAUGCCAUUUUCAUUGAUUCUGGAUUGUCUACUUUACCUUGUCAGCUCGCUACUAAUCUGGCAACAUCUCAUACGAAUGAACAGGGUUAUCGUAGUCCAGCUAUUGAAUAUACAUUUCAGAAUCCAGUAGCUAUAUCUACCGAAUUACCUGGAAAUGCUGCUGGCUCAACAGGUGGGGCAUCUGUAUCGCAGCCUAAACGUGCUGCAUGGGCAUGUUGUGAUGAUUGCCAAAAGUGGCGCUGCAUACCAUCUGAAUUGGCAGAUGUCAUUGGAGAAAACAGAUGGACUUGCAAGGACAAUGAUGACAAGGCGUUUGCUGAUUGUUCUAUACCACAAGCGAAGACAAACGCUGAGAUCAAUGCUGAGCUUGAACUUUCAGAUGCUUCUGCUGAUGAAGCUGACAAGGAUGGAUCAAACUCAAAAGCUUCUAGGGCACCGUCCUGGACAAAUCUCAGAUCGAACACAUAUCUACAUCGUAACCGAAGGAAUCAAUCCAUCGAUGAGAGCAUGGUAUGCAACUGCAAGCCUCCUCAAGACGGCCGAAUGGGUUGUAGAGAUGGCUGUUUGAACAGAAUGCUCAACAUUGAAUGUGCAAAACGUACAUGUCCAUGCGAGGAGCAAUGUUCUAAUCAGCAGUUUCAAAGGCGCAACUAUGCAAAAAUUGCAUGGUUCCAUUCUGGUAAGAAGGGCUAUGGAUUGAAGUUGCAAGAAGAAGUAUCUGAAGGACGGUUCCUUAUUGAAUAUGUUGGCGAGGUCCUUGAUAUAACGACUUAUGAAUCCCGCCAAAGAGAUUAUGCUUCUAAGGGCAAGAAGCAUUUCUACUUUAUGGCACUAGAUGGUGGUGAGGUAAUAGAUGCCUGCACCAAGGGAAACUUGGGCCGGUUCAUCAACCACAGCUGCAGUCCUAAUUGUCGCACAGAGAAGUGGAUGGUCAAUGGAGAAGUUUGCAUUGGAAUUUUUGCUAUGAGGAACAUCAAAAAGGAUGAAGAAUUAACGUUUGAUUACAACUAUGUUCGUGUAUCUGGUGCUGCUCCUCAAAAAUGUUUUUGUGGCACUGCCAAAUGCCGGGGUUACAUUGGUGGAGACAUAUCAGGGUCUGGUAUCAGCACCCAACAUGUUGCAGAAGCAGAGUAUUUUGAACCCAUGGUCACUUACAAGGAUGCCGAGGAAAUGCUAGGAAAUGCAUGUUCUCAUGGUGCAAAUCCUAGUGUUGUUGAGCUUGAGCAUGAGACCUCCAUCCAACAAGAAGAUUCAAAUAACUGCAUACCUGUAACCCCAGACUCUGAACCUCACCAAACUUCCCCUAUCUUAUUUGAAAAUAGUGAGCUAGAAAAUUCCUGGGAAAUGUGGAGCCCCCAGGAUGCCGAAGACCCCACCCGUACACCUGUCCAUGUGCCCAGAACAAUAGAUAGUACUUUGCAGCAGUUACCAGUAUAUGACACUCAGCCAUUAGAAUUCUUGCCGAAGGCUCCUAACACAAUGGAUGGAUCAAAGGCUCCAAAUGUGAUGAAUCAAUCAGCACGUAGCUCCGAUUUGGGGCAAAACCUGGUGGUACCUGGUUUCCAUGCUAAGAAGAAAAACAAUCUAAAAGAUCACAGAGAUGUAAAAUCAUCAUCAUGUUCUACUGACAAUGAAAAUACUCUCGGAGUUGAAGCAAGACUGAACAACCUACUGGAUCGAGAUGGAGGUAUUAGCAGACGAAAAGAUUCAACAAAUGGAUAUUUGAGGCUUCUUCUAUUUGUGACCGCAGCAGCACGUGACAAUGCCGCGGCCGCAGCAGCACGUGACAAUGCCGCGGCCGCAGCAUCACAUGAUGCGACCGCAAUGGAACAUGAAAAUGCUGCGACCCCAGCGGAACGUGACAAUGCUGGGGGCACAUCUAAAAGUGCAAGGGAUCUUUCGUUAAUUCUUGAUGCACUUCUAAAAACAAAAUCACGCUCUGUCCUGUUGGAUAUCAUCAACACGAAUGGAUUGCAAAUGCUUCAUAAUAUAUUGAAGCAGAAUCGAGACACCUUUCUUCGAAGACCUAUAAUACGGAAGCUUCUGAAGGUAUUGGAGUUUCUUGCUUUGAAGGGAAUCCUGAGAGCUGAAAAAAUAAAUGAAGAAGCCCCACGUGAGGAAAUGGAAAGAUUCAGGGACUCGAUGUUGAAAUUGACCCGGCAUAGUGAUAAACAGGUUCAAACUAUCGCUCGGCACUUCUGUGAGAAGUGGAUCCAUCCUUAUAUGGAUGGACCUGUUUCAACUUCAAAAUGGUGUACAGAUUCAUAUUCCAAUAGAAGAAAGCGCAAGAGCCGUUGGGAUUAUCAACCAGAAUCCCACUAUAAAAUGGUUGGAUCACUAGUUCGGAAAGUCUAUGGAGAAUUGGGUCUUCAGGCUGGCUUGACCAGAAAUAGGUCGCAGCCUGUGAUGGGAGGCAGCUCAACAGGCACAGACGAUGAUGUGCCUCCUGGGUUUGAGCCUCAGCAGGGUCGUUCUGUAGCUCCAGGAUUCUGCCUCCCUAACUUGAAUAUUUCAUAUGGGAUUCCCAUCGCUCAUGUUCAGCACUUGGGAACCCCAGAAGUUGAAGGAGGUGGCAACCGUGGACAGAAAUGGAAAGUCGCACCUGGUGUGCCUUUUAUUCCUUUCCCACAGUUGCAACGAGGGAGUCCUUGUCCUUCUACUUCAACUCAGAUGUCCUCUCAUGACGCCAUGAGGCAGAACAACAGUUCAGGAUAUCGAGGAAGAGGUUUCGACAGAGGUGGAAGGGUGCAAAGGAAUGGGAGGAAUGGGGCAAGAACGAGAUAUCCAUAUGAUCAUCAAGGAAGAAGAUUCCCAAGCAAUCAUCAUAGAUCUGAAAGAUGGCAGCCCUGGCCCCAGGAACAUGAUGGUGGUUCAGGAUCUAGGGGCAGACAAUGAAUGACCCAGCCCCUGGCAUCAAACAUCAAUUAGUUGUGUGUAUACAUGGUAAUUCCUUCCUGUUCAUCAGAAGUGUACACAAGCAAACUGUGUUAGCUUCUCAUUCUAUGUAACAGAAGUUUUCCACUGAUUCCAACAGUAGCAGAACAUGUGCUACAGAUAGGUAAUUGCCAUUGCAGUUUUGUUACUAACAAUGUGUAAUCUCAAUAGGAAUAAUAAUUGAUUUGAUUCAAAUCUUCUUACAGGCCAAAAUUGCUAAUUCAUUUGUUGUCAACUUCUUGAUGUUCAGUGUGAGCGGCAAUCAAUCGGAGGAAGAGGACUAGUAUGAUUUUCAUUGUAAUUUUAAUAUUUUUACUGGUCGUUCUGCCUCCAAUUGUCUUUCCUUGUACUGGCCGUUUUUCUGGAUAAUAAUUAUCAGUUCUAAGAUGCCCUUUGGGUGUCUUUCUUGAAGAAAAAAAACAUCUUGAUGCCCA